GUGCAUUCCGGGUGAUUCUGGGACAAGGAGCGCUCUCAAAGAGUGAACGGGAGUCAAUUUGGCGUUAGCGCAAAACUUAUCAUUCGUCAACAAGAAGUAUAACAUUACAAAUAUUUUCCGAUAUGGGAGAUAUUUAACGUGUUUUCUGUAAUAUCGUAUAGCUUUUGCAUCGUGACAUUACGUACUAUCGAGGAAAAUAGGCAUACCCCGUAGUUUGAGAAGGGAUUGCGUGACGCAGCAUGACAACUUGAACGCGAUUGGUCGAGAGUCUGCUGGUGAUGCGUUUUAUAGGUUAUCCAUUCUUUUCCCAAUGGGAUUCCUAUCUCCUAAUUUAUCUAUUAUCUCUGGUCUGUUUGAGCUAGCUAGCCACCCAAUCAAUGUCUAUUAUUAUUCAGUUUUAUUAAUCUCGCCAGCCUAUCAUACGCGUUGGACUUAGUUUCUUUUUAAAAACAAAACCAUGAAUAUGAUGAUAAAUCGUGGAAGUUUUCAGACCCAGUUAGCUUCCAUUAUGGAAAUGCUAAGCAAAGCUGCUGUGGUUGAAAUCGGUAAACUUGUCGACGAGUGCUCGGCGGUUCUCCGUUCUGAAAUAUCCCAACAACACAUGAAUGAGAACGAGGCAUUAAAGAAGAAAUGUUACCUUCUAGAGAUUGAAUUAAAGACGGUAAAACUGCACGAACGUAAAAGGGUCAUUGCCAGCCGCUGUCAGAAUGGAGUUCAGGUCUCGGGACAAAUAUUUACGCAUCAAGCAACUGAGAACCGAGAGAAGCAGUCUGCCCCCGCCAUAGAGGGUGUCUUUGGUAAGGACUGGUGCAUGGACCUAUGGAGAGAUGGAGAGUCCAUCCCACUGGAUAAAGAGGCAAUUGGAUCGGCCAUCUUGGGCGAUGAUGAGGCAAUAGACUUGGUGGACAAUGAGCCUGAGUUGGUGUUUAUCAAAGAGGAGCUGUUUGAGGAUCAGCCAGUGGAUCAGCAGAGGGGACAUGCAAGCAACAGAAAAAGGAGUGUAGCAGUGGAGGAUGCUCAAGCAGUAGAAAGAACAGCUGCCAGUCAACUUCAUCUAUACCAGGGGGACUUGAACACAUACCCUUCAAUGCCUGACCCUGCAGGCAGCCAUCAGGUACAGCCUGACACAGAGCAGCCCACAUCCAUUGAGAGCCUCAUGGAAGACCCCACUCUGGUUGGUCUGGUUGACAACACACCAGAGCCUGGCCCUGACACAGCCGAUGGAAUGUACAUGGACUAUCCUCCCCGCAACACAUACGCACCAAGAAACCGGCCAAGCCACCAGCAGGGAACUGGAAAAGACCUGAAGCAGCAGUUUGACUGUUUGUUUUGUGGGAAGAGCUUUGGUUAUUUAAGCUACUUGAAAGUCCACAUCAGACGCCACUCUGGAGAGAAACCGUUUGGCUGCACAGUUUGCGGGAAGCGCUUCGCUCAGAAGACGUACCUGAAGCUGCAUCAGCGUACACACUCUGGAGAGAAACCCUACAGUUGCACAGAAUGUGGGAAGAGUUUCUCUCAGAAGAGUUCGUUGAAUGUCCACCUCCGGAGUCACACCGGGGAGAAGCCUUAUAGCUGUGUCGACUGUGGGAAGAGCUACACCUAUAAACACGGUUUUAACACACACCAAUGUUUCAAUUAAGGGAUUAGGGAGUAGUCAUUUUAUAUUGUUAAUUUGUUUUAAAUUUACAUUUCAACCUUGUUUUGAAAACUGGCAACCGAAACAUCUUUAGCUUUAUUGUAAUCAUGGUGGUUUUCAGUAGGUCAAGUUUGUUUUUAAACUGUUGCGCUACUGUGUGUCCUAAUGAACAUGACCCAGCUGUUACUCUUCACUACAUGGCAGAGAACUGUUCCAUUCGAGUUUUCCCUCUGCUCCGUCCAUAGGAUUGCACACACACUGUGCCUUCUUGUCACACAAUUGGCAAGAGACUAUAUGCCCCACUGUUAGAUGAAGAGAUUUGAGUGACAUUUUUGAGGUAUUUUUGAAUAGUGGUUGUCCUGAUACCAGUUGUUUGUGCUACUGUGAAGAAUGCCAGUGUGGUAGCCCGAUCAUGUAAACGUGUGCCAAAUAAUUUUCUGUAAUGAAUUAUGAAAUUAAAAUAACACGUACAGUAAUACAUUUACUUAUUUGUUCACAUUACAUUUGUAUUAUUCCAUAUUAUAAAAAUGUAAACAUGGCAAAGAUUAAGUUAUACCCUUAAUGCUGUUUUAAUUAUGAAAGCAAAUUAAGUUUACAGCAGAUAAAUAUUCCAGAAAAACAACUGACAUAAUCAUGGAAGCAUUAUGUACAAAAUAAGUAUAAAAUGCACUACUGGGAACAGAAAUGGAAAACAUCCAUUUAAUUAUAUCUUAUGUCAAUUGUACCAAUGUAUACAGAGGACAAUGCAGAUACAGUACCAACUGCCAUCUUGCACCAAACAUUGGCAGGUUCAAUACAUGAGCCGAAAUUAUGGAACAUAGGAUAGUG